CCCCCCCCCCCCCCCCCCCCCCCCCUGAAAGUGGAGCGAUGGCGCUGGGGCGUGGUCAGAAAGGGGAGAUGACAGAGUACAAGAAGAGCCUAAUCAAAAGGGACCUGGAGAUGGGCAUCGUCAUGACCGUGUUCCGCCAGAAAGCUGAGCGUCUGACGCUGCAGGUCAUCAUGGAGACGCGACAGGUGGCCUGGACACGGACCGCAGACAAGACUGACGGAGUCUUGGACCUGUCUGAGAUCAGAGAGAUUCGUCCAGGGAGGAACUCCAAGGACUUUGAACGCUUCAAAGAUGGAAAAGACAAACACGAGGAAAACACCUGCUUUACCAUCUUCUAUGGAUCUCAGUUCAUCCUGAACACUUUAAGCCUUGGGGUGGAUUCAGUGGAGGAUGCAGAGAAAUGGCUGACAGGGUUAGAGCUACUGAGACAGGAAACACUGGUGGCUUCCACACCAGACAUCUUAGAGAGCUGGUUGAGAAAACAGAUGUAUUCUAUCAACCAGACCAAAAAAAACAGUGUCACCCUGAAGGAGUUGAAAUCUUUACUGCCACAGCUCAACUACAAGGUUCCUGGAACUCGCUCCCUCAAGGAGAAGUUCACGGAAAUUGGAACCAGGAAAGAUGUCCUGGACUUUGAGCAGCUUCAUAAAUUCUACAAUAUUCUAAUGUUUGAACAGAGAGAGAUUCUUGACGAGUUCAAAAAGGAGUCAUGUGCUUUCAUUAUGCGAAACACAGACAAGUAUGAUUCUGGGGCAGUGACCCUUCAGGACUUUCAGAGGUUCCUACAGUACCAGCAGCGGGAGUCUUGGGCCAAUGACAUAAACCAGGUCAGAGAUCUGAUGACCACAUUUAUAGAUGACAACAUGAGGAAGACCAACGACCCUGAAUUUACAUGCAGCGAGUUCUUGCAGUUCCUCUUCUCCAAGGAGAACUCUAUUUGGGAUGAUAAGUUCUCAGAGGUGUGCAACCUGGACAUGAACAACCCUUUGUCUCACUACUGGAUCAACUCCUCACACAACACGUACCUAACUGGCGACCAGAUCAGGAGUGAGUCGUCCACAGAGGCCUACGUGCGCUGCCUGCGUCUGGGAUGUCGCUGUGUCGAGUUGGACUGCUGGGAAGGUCCAGGAGAACCAAUCAUAUACCACGGCUGGACCAGGACCACUAAGAUCAAGUUUGAGGAUGUAGUCAAAGCUAUCAAUGACCAUGCCUUUGUGACAUCAGAGUAUCCUUUGAUACUGUCCAUCGAGGAGCACUGCUCUAUCGAGCAGCAGAGGCAGAUGGCACGCAUCUUCAGGGAGGUGUUCCAGGACAAGCUGCUGAUUGAGCCUGUGGAGCACAUGGCCGAACAGCUGCCCUCACCCACGCAGCUCAAAGGCAAGAUCAUACUCAAGCACAAGAAGCUGACUGUUGAUGGCGGCUUUGCCAGGAAGGACUUCAGGAAGGGGGAGAAGCAGGGAGAUCUGGACAUCUGGGAUCCUGUUGACCAGCGUUGGUAUAACCACUACUGCGUGAUCUCGGAUGAUAAGCUGUACUAUGCCGAAGAGGACGAGGACGAGGAUGAAAUGACGAAGGCUCCACAGCACAUCUCAGAGCCCUGGUUCCAUGGCCGCAUGCCGGGGGGCAGGCAGACUGCGGAGCCGCUGCUCCAGGAGUUCUGCGCCGAGUCGGGGGGGCGAGAUGGUACCUUCCUGGUCAGAGAGAGUGACACCUUCGCCUCUGACUUCACUCUUUCCUUCUGGCGCAGUGGGCGGGUCCAGCACUGUCGUCUUCGUUCCGGAACAGAAGGUGGACACACGUACUACUACCUGACGGACAACCUUCACUUCCCGAGUGUCUAUACGCUGGUGCAGCAUUAUCGAGAGAACCCCCUUCGCUGCCAUGACUUUGAGCUGCGCCUCACGGACGCUGUGCCCCCACCUAACCCGCACCUGCAGGAGCUGUGGUUCUACAGCAACCUGAGCCGAGGUGAGGCGGAGGAGUACCUGAUGAGGAUCCCCAGAGACGGAGCCUUCCUCAUCAGACAGAGAGAGGAGGGGGACUCCUACGCCAUUACAUUCAGAGGGGAUGGAAAGGUCAAACACUGUCGGAUCCAGAGGGAUGGUGCUAUGUAUGUUCUGGGCACGACCACAGAGUUUGAGAGCCUCGUUGAACUGGUAAACUACUUCCGCAAGAAGCCCCUGUAUCGCAAGAUCAAACUACGCUACCCUGUGACUCCUGACCUUGUCAGACGCUUCAGUUUGGAAAAAGACUGCGCAUCCUUGUAUGAUAUGAAGACCUACGUUGAGCCCAAUGAAAUCGAACCAUCUCUGCCUCAGAGCACUGUCAAAGCCUUGUAUGACUACCGAGCUAUGAGACCAGAUGAGCUCGUCUUCUGCAAGGGAGCUCUGAUCCAUAAUGUGUCAAAAGACAAUGACGGAUGGUGGAAAGGGGACUAUGGUGGGAAGUUGCAGCUGUUUUUUCCUGCCAACUAUGUAGAGGAAGUAACCAACAACGUGAAGACAGAGCCUAAAGACCAGGACUUGGAGGACAAUCCUCUAGGGGACAUGUGUAAGAGUGUAGUGGACAUCUCGAAGUGCAACAUUAUUCGCUCUUCAAAGAACGGUAAAGUCCAUGUCCUGACCCUUCAAACGAAGGAUCAAGACGGGGUGCACUUUGACCUGGCAGCUGACACUCCAGAGGAGCUGUUUGAGUGGUACCUGGUGGCUUGGGACAUCACUCAGAGGGAACAGAACAAGCAGUUCCAGGAACAAGAAGAGAUCAGGAAACAAGUGGAGGUGGAGAAGAAAGCAGAGGUUGCUAUGGAGAUGUCUGACCUGGUGGUGUACUGCCAGCCUCGUAGCAAGGAUAAGGAACGCUUCGCAAACUACUGCUACAAAGAGGUCCGCUCCUUUGUCGAGAACAAGACACCGUCCAGGAAUCGGACUUCGGACUUCUUGCGUUACAACAGAAAGGCCCUAAGUCGCAUCUACCCCAAGGGACAGCGUGUAGACUCCUCCAACUAUGACCCCUACCCUCUUUGGGCCAUGGGCUGCCACAUGCUGGCGCUUAACUUCCAGACUGCAGAUAAGUACACUCAACUCAACAGUGCCCUCUUCAGUCUGAACGGCCGUACGGGCUACGUCCUGCAGCCUGAGAUGAUGCGUGCCGACAGCUACGAUCCUCAGCUGGAGAAAAAGAAAGUCAAGUUCAGCAUCACUGUCAAGGUGAUAGCAGCUAGACACCUUCCCAAGCCCGGGCGCAGCAUUGCUAGCCCCUUUGUGGAGAUUGAGCUGUGCGGGCACACGGAGGACAGCAAGUUCAAGACUGUUGUUUACCGGGAUAAUGGUCUGAACCCAGUGUGGAAAGCCCCAGCAGAGCCUGUCAUCUUUACUGUGUAUGAGCCAGAGCUCACCUUCCUACGCUUUGUGGUCAACGAGGAAGACAUGUUCUCAGACCCCAACUUCCUGGCCCAGGCGACAUUUCCUGUCAAAGGCAUUCGCUCAGGUUACCGUUCAGUUCCUUUAAAGAACGGAUUCAAUGAGACCAUUGAGUUGGCCUCACUUCUGGUCUACAUUGACGUUCAACAAGUAGAGAAAGCAGAAGAGGAACUAUAUUCAUCUUCUAGCCAAUUGCGAAGGAGGCAGGCAGAGCUGAGCAAUGAGCUCUUCCUGUAUGACACCCACACCAACAUCCAACGCUCCGCCCCCCGUGAUGACCUCAUGAGGGAGUUCAGCACCAACGAACAACAACUGAUGAAGAUUCAAGACACCUGCAAACAGAAGAUUAAAGAAAAGAAAAUCAACAACAGCAAGUUUUAUUCCUGAUUGAAUCACCUGAGUGACAAGAUGUGUUAAGAGAUUGAAAUGGCAUUUUAUUAGGAACUGUACUUGCAUCCUUUAUAUUUCUUUGCAUGUCGUGUUUUGGAGCCGGUCAAUAGUGUGACAAACAGAUGUUUGCGUUGCUCUCAUAAUUUUGUUUAAAUAUUUACUUGCAAUAUUCGUCUGUACAAUUUUCUAUAAAUAGUCAAUAAAGCCAAAUUUGUGACUACA